UUUUUUUUCAUUUGAGAAGUUUCUUUCUCUCUCUUCUCUCUUUCUCAUACGCGCUCUCUCUCUCUUUUCUCACCAUCUAAUGUUGUUCAUGAUGAACAACAAGAACACCAUGCAUGUUCAUCCCCAUACCCAGAUUCCGGCGAGCAACCACCGUCGCCGGAAAGUCCAAUCACUUCCAUCUCUUUUUUCCCUCAACCGUUCUUAAUAUCUCCCUGCCCUCACCAUCUCGUCCUUCACCACCGCAUCCACCACAACCUCCACCGCCACCUACAAAUCAAUCUCCGAAUCAGAACGUCCUAUCCGCUUCCGGUGAUGCCGCCGUCAUCAGAAUCACGUUAUUCUUCCUCUCAGUUUUUGCAGGACUAUUAGGAGGCCAGUUUUACUGUGGAAAAUGCAGGAUGCCAAGAACUGCUAUACUUAGGUUUUUAGAAAGAACUGCACAAGACUUGCUUCAUGCAGCAUUUUGCAGAUAAAGGAUGGAUUUUGAUUUAGCUUGAAGGUUUUGAUCAUCUGUUAUAAGAGGUAGUUUCUCUUCUUGCAUCUUUUACAUUAUGAUCUUUUUUUUUUAUUUGCGAAUUUAAUUAGCAUUUAGCACAUGUAUUAUAUGUUCUUAAUGUUCCUGAGUUUUCAUCUAUUUGAUGUGAAUUGCAAUCAAUUAUAGUUAUAUCGAGACAAUUGAUACAUAGGAAUUACCUAAAACACAUAUCCAACACAUAACAAUUCUAAGAGAAAAAGUCUAGGAUUAAAAAAAAAAGCACUAAGCAGCCAUAGAAACUGAAGCUAUGCAGAUAAAUUUGGAACCCAUGUUGGUGAAUCAUAAUUGCUACUUUUAGGGGAGGGGGAUAGAUAUUUAUGGUUACUACUAUUUUAUAGGGAUGGCUACAUUAUCAUGGCUACUUUUUAGGAAGUAUUGAUCAUCCAAUCCUAUAUUUUUGCAUAACUCCUUCACUAAUCCACACAUAUUUUCUCAUUGAUCGAAUACACCACUUUUCUAAUUUUCUUUUCUAUAUGCGUUUUGUAUAUCCUAUCUCAAAACUAUCUUCUUCUAACCCUUCAUUUUCCAUAUGGCAUGCUCUCUUAUGAUUUUGAAUGCUUUAAUAUACAAUACUUAAUUGGUUCACCUAUUCAAAGAAUUAAAUCUUUGCUAUGUUAUGACACUACUCAUGUUCUCAAUUUGUGAAUAUUCAUCUCUCUAAUUGGCUUUUUGUGUGGUUUUUUGCAGGAUCUAUGAAAGAGGUAGGUCAGUUUCAAUUUUUGGGUUCUCAAUCUUAGGUUUGGUUAUAUUUUUCUGUUUCUUUGCUGGUUUUUCUUCUAUUUUUCCUGUAUCAUUCUUGCUGAUAUGUUAUCUUCUUUUCAAUUUUUCACUAUUUUCGGUUUCCCAUUCAUGAAAAGUAAAUAUCUUGAUUUUAAUUUGAUUGUACUCAUGAUUUGUGGACUAUGAAGCUGAAAUUUUAAUUGUUGUACUCAUGCUGGCUAGAUAUUGUGGUAGUUUUUCUCUUAAGUGACAUGGGAGACAUGAUGGGUUGGCUUUUCUGAGUUAAAUUGUGUUCUGGGUCAAUUUAAAGUUUAUAGCAUAGAGGUUUGCUUACAGCAUAGGGUAUAGUGCUUUACUGAAUUGCUUAUUCAUUAUUUUUUUAAUGUUAUGUAUUAUCAGUGCUUCUGCAUCUGCAGCUGGAAAUUCUAAUCCUAACGGCGACUUCAAUCCUUAUGAGACUCUCUGUGUAAGCCCUAUCGAGAAGUUCGACACGAUCAAAACAACAUAUACUAAGAAAAAGAAGGAAGCUGAUAUUAAGGGUGAUGAAGAAACUGCUUCCAAAAUUCAGCAAGAAAAGGAAUAUGACAAACUUUUGAUGGCGGAAUUGAGUAAUCGGAAAAGGGGUGUCACUUCUGGAUCAUUUAAGGUUUCAAACGAGAUAAAGUAUGCCGACAAGCAGCCAAUUAUACCUUGGGGACCAAGGUCUGCUAAAUCAAGUGAAAAUGAUGUGCGCAUCAACUUGGCAAUAGCUGCUGCUUUUACAGCUUGGAUCGUGGUCACCCGUAGUGCUGAUUAUAAACCUUUGCAGUUUUCAGCCUUUGCUUUUGUAUAUAGGCUUUUUGUGAAGUUAAAAUCCUUUGAAUCUCCUAAAACCUCCACAGUUAAUGCAGAUGGUGAAGAUCCAGGAGAAGCACUGCACAUGGGAAAGAGACUACUCCGAUGUUUAGCUGUUUCAUCCUUGGCUUACACUUUUGGUUUGAACAUAAUUGAGUUUGCAAUUGGUUAUAUCCCAUAUCUUCUUUACAACAGUCAGGAGCGAAACUGCGGAUUGAGGAAUCAAGGCCCAGAGACAAAGAGAGAGCAACUCUUCUAGAAUUUAUAGGUGCUUUCGUAUGCUUUGAGUCUGUAUUAGGUGGUAGUUUAAUUAGUGUAAACGAGAAUGUUAGCAAGUGAAGUUGUGGCUUUGAAGAGAUAUUAGUAGUUUAUUUAGAAGGAGCUUUAUCUUUGCAUAAGGAUUGACUAUUGAAACCGAUUUUCAUAAUGAGUCUGAUGUGUGGAUAUAAAUAGUGGAUCAUAUAAGUAAAGAUUCAUUUUUUAAA